UACGGACUCCGAGAAAUAGAAUUAUCGGUAAGUAAAUUCUUAUUUAUUUCAUUAUAACCCAAACAUAACCAAUCGCAGGGCAAGGAAAGUGGUGCGCAAGGCUUAUGUGAAUUUUUACCACCUGGGGCGUGCUCGGCCUAACCAUGCCCCCUACUCCGUCUUCUACCUGGGGCGUGUUCGGCCCAACCUUGUAGGCACGCAACACAACUAAGCCCCCUACCGUGUCUUCCACCUGGGGCGUGUCCAGCCCAAAUUUAUGGCACGUAACACCACCACGACCCCUACAUUGGGGGACCAGCUACCAUACGCAUAACACCCUUCUGCGGCACGCAACCCGUGUGGCCCAUGCCGCAUUUUGCUGGAACCAGGCGUGCGGCCUGCUAAUUGGUGACUUAUGCAAGGCAUUCAGACAAUCCCCACUUACCAUGCCUUGCGCACCGCUUCUCCCCGCCACACAAGGUCCUAGUAACCUGAGGACCGAAGCCCCACCCUGCGACACCUACCACUUCCCCUUCUGUGCUCCCACUACGCCUUUGAUCAUGACCGGACCUGUAUCAGAUAGGGUCACUCAGUCAGUUCUGUAUGACCUCUACACUUCCCUGCAACAUCCUUGUACUGAAUGGUGCUUCCACUGAUGGCAUCCUUGCCACCUAAGAGUCAAGGCCCUGUCCCCCAAACUACGAGUGCGACACUUCCUCCAGCAUCUCCACUGCUGCCCCUAAUUGAACAGUCAAUUCAUGAGCCUGCCAAGAGCGCUCCCAUGCCCUAGUAUAGAUUAUUACAUUUGAUUCGGAUGUCCUUGUAAUAACAUUGUAUAAAACGCUCUUUGGGCCUAAUUCAGACCUGAUCGGUGCUGUGCAUUUUUGCACAGCAGCCGAUCAGGUCUGAACUGCACAUGCGCCGGAGCAUGCCAGACAGCCGACAGCCGUCUCAGCCCUGCGAUCGCCUCUGCCUGAUUGACAGGCAGAGUUUGCACGCCGUUUAGGGGGCGCGGACCGGGCAAAGCAGGCAUUUUGGGGGCGCGGUCCGGGCAACGCAGGCGUGCCCGGACCUUGUGGUGGGCGGGCUGUGGUGGCUGCGUGACGUCGCACACAGCCGCUUCGACCCAGACAGCGACGAGUAGCUCCCUGCCAGCGCGCAUGAGUGGCGCAGGGAGGGAGCUACUCUUCAAUUACAAAAGUGCUUUUGUACUUGUGUGGGGGGGUCAGGCCUGACAUGCGGGGCGUCCCCCCCGCAUGUCUGUGUGACUGAUCUACAUUGCUUGAAAGACUUGCAUAUCCUCCCUGCUCCACUUAUACCCCUUUUACACCAAAGAAAUAUCCCGGGUUAUUGCCGAGUCAAUCCGGGUCAGGGCUUGGUGUAAAUGGUCUCUAAAAAAUACCCCGGGUCCUGUUUUCCGGGUAUCCACCCCGGGAAAUGCUCAGGGUCGGACCCGGAUUCUGUGGCGGUGUAAACGCUCCCAAACCGGAUUAUUUGACCCGGCUUUUGCAGAGAGAAGCUGAUUGGAGCUUCUGUGGCACUGGCAGAUGAUGUCAUCUGUCAGUGCCCCGCAGACAGUGCACAUGGAGCAUCACAGCAGCGCUCAUGCAGUUUAUGUAGCCUGCUCCCUUCACUACAGCCACAGCCUGACCUGCAUACAGUAUCCACAGUCUGCUCACAGCCUGAUCUGCACCAAGACACUGCUGACAUACCGUGCGAACCAAAGCUUCACCCUCAGCCUGACUCUUUGGCAGCCCCGAAUUCUGACCUGCAGCAGCAUGCCUGUUUCCUCCAACUGGUCCGAUGCAGAGAUCCGAGAACUACUGCUAAUCAGGUCAGGGGAAGAAAUUAAACAGGCUUAAACCAUUACGCAAGCAGUUUGCCAAAGUGCACGAUCACAACCGUAAAAAAAGCGGUGCUGCAAGGCAGGAUUGGGUGCACUAUUAUCUGUGCUACAGUGCUUUCGGAAGCACAGCGCUUAAUAAUCCUGUAGCACUGUCCUCCUCAAUUGCACCAUCUUGCAGCCAAAUGGAGAAUAGCCAGGAGAUACCGAUUACACAGACCACCCUACCGUCAACACAGUUGUCACCAGCUACACAGGGCACCCUGCCGUCAACCCAGUUCAGCCCAACAUCACCGCUCCUACUUUCUGACGACGGUGGCGAAAAUAGUGGGAUGGAUUCGUCACUGCAUUCAGACAGCGUCCAAGCCACAAUUGAGGGGGUAGUAGAAGCAAACAAUGAGACGGCGCUCCCCAAACAGACCAUGCCAUUACGCUCUAAUAGUGCGAUGAUGUUUCAGAUGAUGGAACAAGGUGAGGAGGAAAAUGUGAAGACCGACACGUUGCGACACAAGCUGGACUUCCUGAGGAACUACACAUGUCUGACACCAGAUGCCAUGGAACUUCUCAUAACUGUUAUUACAGAUGCAGUUAAGCAAGGGGUAAAUCCUUUACAGAAUGGCACGUCAGGGGACCACACUAACUGGGAUUUAGGCAGUGCCUUCUUUUUUGCGGGCACAGUUGUGACCACCAUAGGAUACGGAACAAUCGCACCCAGAACAGCAGGCGGACAAAUGUUCUGCGUGUUUUAUGCAUUAUUGGGAAUCCCCUUAAAUAUCAUAGUCCUUGCCCAUGCUGGAAAAACACUGUCCCACUGGUGUAAAAGGCUUGGAAAGUGUCUAGUUAGAAAAGGAAUGGAAAAGAAAAAAGCAAAAAUCCUGACAAUAAUAUUUUUCCUGGUGACCGGCACACUUGUGUUUUUGGGACUACCACCCCUGGUUUUUAGAGAAACGGAGCAUUGGACAUACAAGGAAGGAGUAUACUAUGCCUUCAUUUCACUGAGUACCAUUGGCUUUGGUGACUACGUAGUAGGAUCUGGACCUAAAGGAAGCCAUCCAUUUGAAGGCUACCGUGCCUUGGUGUGCCUUUGGAUUCUAUUCGGCCUUGCGUGGCUUUCGCUACUGCUAAACUUAGUGACGUCACUAUUAAAGGACACAGAAAAGAAAAUAGCCAAGGAUCUCCGCAAGAAAAUAGAAAACAGGAAAGAAAAUAGCAACAAAAUGGCUGGAAUAGCUUUGGUCCCCUUAGGGGAAGGAACAAGUGAUACUGAACCGCUGAAUUAUCUUCACAAAUAAAGUGGAGACUUAGGGGGGUAUUCAAUUAAAUGCAGUUUUUUUGACUGAUCAAAAAAACUGCACUAAUUCGA